AUGCCUGACCUGUCAGAACCAAAACUACCAGUAUUCUCACAAGGAACUCUAAAUGAAGAAGAAAUAGCUAAACAAUUUGGCAAAAUUAGAAUACAUUCAUCUGAAGAUAUAAAGAUGUCUUUUUCCGUCGAAAAAGUAAAUGAGGUAGCUAUUCAUGAUUUUAAUAUUUUUCAUUUAUCCCUUUUACCACCUGAUAAAUUUUGGGCAUGUGAUAACAGAGGGAACCUCAUUAAGUGCGAAAUGGAAGAACGUAUUUUAAGGAAAAUAUCCACCAAUACAGGGGCUAAUCUCUGUUACCACACAGUUACAAGAGAAGGAGAACUACUUUUCACAGAUAUUUUGAAGAGAGCCAUCUACAAAGUAAAUGUUGACAUGAACGCCAACAAACUAAUGAGCACAGGGGACUGGGUUCCAGUGGCCAUACACUCCUCGAUAAUCAACGGACACAUAUUGGUUGUGAUGUGGAAAAAUACAUAUAUGAAAGUAACCAGAUACAAUAGAGAAGGGAAAACGCUACAAUACAUCCAGAGGGAUGUUACAGGAAAGGAUCUAUACUUAGGUGUUGCCUACAUCACAGAGAAUUUCAACGGGGACAUCUGUACCUCAGACUAUGUUGCCAAUAAGGUGGUUGUAGUGACUAAAUUAGGACGGUACAGGUUCUCUUACUCUGGUAAGCAGUCCCAGGAUAGAUUCUGUCCGAAUGGAAUCUGUACAGACGUUAUGGGACACAUUUUAGUGUCUGAUGGCUAUGUGGAUUCUCAUUCCUCCAGUGUCCAUCUGCUGGACAUGGAUGGACAUUUUCUGUCUUUUCUACUCACACAAGAUCAAUGUCCGCCGUAUCCCUGUGCUCUCUGUAUUGAUUAUCAUAACAAUCUCUGGAUUCGGAGUUUGAACAGUUCUACUGUCGCUGUAUUCAAGUACAUGUAG